AUGUUCCGCGAUUGUUCGAUCUCCCCGGAUGGGGGGGGAUUGAGCAGUGAGACAUAUAUGGAAUGGAUUUUGCUCAAGGCUGGUCGUUUGUUUCUUAUUCUCGAUGCCAUUGGUAUCCCGGAUCGUAUAUUCGCCCUGGUCGAUGAAUCUCGCGACGAUGACGAUCUCCCGUUCGCGGAGCCGAACAUCGAUAUGCUGAACCUAUCUCCGGAUGGCAAUGACCCAGCUCUCGAUUCCCGGUUCUUCCAAACACAAUGGCGCUUCUUAGUGCGAGGAAUUACGGAGGGUGAACAUGUUACAUACACCGGGAACGAGGGUGUACCCGUGGAGAUUGUGCGAUCUAUGACCAACAGCGGAAUUCAGGGUCGCGAUGACACGGUCGACAAGGUCAUCCUCGCCGGAUCGGUGUCUCGCAUGUUCAUGCGCACACAGGUCCAAGUCGGUGGAGCACCACACUUUUUCACCUCUGAAGAAGUCCUGGCCGAGGUCAAGAAACUACGGAAACUGGCACAUCGCCAUGUUAUCUCGAUUUAUGCCUCGUACUUUGUGGACGAUACGAUAUGUGCACUCUUUACCGGCGCCGAGACAGAUCGUACCCUGCACAGCUUCUUGACAGAUGAACCACCAAGCUUCAAACGCCUAGCCAAAGAAGAGCGUCGUCAAACACUGAUCACCUGGCCACACUGCCUCGUAUCAGCAUUGUCCUGGUUACAUUCUCGCGGCUACGCACACACCGCUAUCCGACCAUCCAACAUCCUCAUCGACCCGGAGUUCAACAUCUUUCUCGGCCAAUAUCAAGCCCUGGAUUCUCUCCUGGCACCACCAAAGCUCAACGAUCUCGAAUCAUACAACUACUCCGCACCAGAGCGCUGGGUCCGUACCUCCGCCCCCGUCCAACCGGUCGUAGCACCCAGUCGUACAAUGCUCCCCUCAGGAGGUCGUACAGCACGAAGAAGAAAGCCCGAGAAAGCCCUGCCCUCUCUCAGCGAAACCUCCCCGGUGUCCCCAGACUUUCCACGCCCAGAAUCCUCAGCCUCAUCCGCCUCAAAAGGCACGGUCAUCCGCAUCGGCCUCCCAGGCUCACCAUCCCGCUUCUCCUUCGCCUUCUCAUCAUCUUCAUCCUCGACUGCCUCUUCAGGCCAAAGCGAAAUAAACUCUGUAAAUCAACAACGACUCCCCAUCUGGAAGAAACCCAGGAAAAUGCUCUCAACCCCAUCUCUUUCCUCCGCCCACUCUUCAUCUUCCGGCUCGUCAGCAUCCUCGAUGACUCCCCCCGCUUCAUCAUCUUCAAAUCCAACAAUGCUCAAUACUUGGGAAUCUCACCAAUCAGAAAACUCAACCCCAUCAGACCUCUUCUCGUUGGCAGCCGUCAUCCUCGACAUCCUAACACACAUCUGCAAACGAUCCCAAUCGUCCUUCGCCUCGCAUCGAUCCGCCAGGAACCGAUCUGCAGGACGCGGCGGCGGAAUGGCAGAUGCCUCAUUCCAUCUCUCGCGGAACUCAGUACAAGUGCAAUCGUGGAUUGCCCUUCUGGAAGGCGACGCACUGAAACGAUGCCGUCGAGACCGGGCCAGUGAUAGAUACUUCUACGCUGUUCCACGCAUGCUUAUAGUUCUAUGGGCGAUGUUAGCACCAGAACCGGAGAAACGACCCAGUGCGCGGCGGGUUGAGAAGUGUUUCGCGAAUGCCAUUCGGGAGAUUCCAGCCUUACGCGGAAGAGGCGAGGAGGAAAAGGAGGAAGAGAGAGAGGCUGAGAGGGACAGGGCAAGGGAGGAGGAGAGGAAGAGGUUGGAGGAGUUGAGGAACAACAAGGCGGAGACCAUUUUGUCGUCGAGUUCCGUUUCUGAAUUCGAUUUUGGGUUCUCUGCGGGUGGGAGUGAUAGUGAGACGGAGGAAGAGGAGAGGAAGGGUCUUAGUUUUUGGGAUGAGGGUGACGCGGAGUCGAUGAUUAUCCCUGGAGAUCAAUUGUCUCCUCAAUUGUCGUUGCCGAAUCUGGAUCUUCAUCUGAGUGGGAUUGAAGGAUUGUCG